AGGGAAGUCACUUGGAGUGAUUUCUCUGUUUGUACUCUUCUUUCCCCUAAAGGUUUGUUUUUAGCUGCCGAGUAUCGCACCAGCUGAGUACUCCAGGACCAUGAUUGUUCUUUCUGUUUCUGUGGAACCAGCUUCUCUUUGGGAUCACAAUGACCAUGGAAGGCAGGGGAACAUUAGGUCUCAUCCCCAGGACAUCUGUGCAUCAGCAGCAGGAGGGGAGAUGGACUGUGAAGCAGGAACCAGGAAGCCAGACCUGGGGACAGAGCUGUGGUCUCCAGAAGAACUACCCCCCUGUCUGUGAAAUCUUCCGGCUGCACUUCAGGCAGCUGUGUUACCACGAGAUGUCUGGGCCCCAGGAGGCCCUGAGCCGGCUCAGGGAGCUCUGCCACUGGUGGCUGAUGCCAGAGGUCCACACCAAGGAGCAGAUCCUGGAGCUGCUGGUGCUGGAGCAGUUCCUGAGCAUCCUGCCCAGGGAGCUUCAGACCUGGGUGCAGCUCCGUCGUCCUGAAACUGGCGAGGAGGCUGUGGCUGUGGUGGAGGAUUUUCAGAGACACCUUAGUGGGUCAGAAGAGGUUCUGUCUCCAGUACAAGAGCAGGAUGUGCACUUAAAGAAGAUGAUACCUCUGGGUGGAAUAGAACAAUCUCCUACCUCAGCCUCCAGUCAAGGCUCAGCUCCUGAAGCCCACCUGGACGCUCCUUGUGACCCAAGAGCCCACCAACUCCGUCACGGGUGCUGCGGUCCUGCUUGUCUUGAAGUGGGGAGUGCCAGAGCCCAGGCUACUGUGGGAAACUCCACAGCGGCUGCUCAGCUUAGGAUGGUCAGGCCUCGGGAGAUUACAGUGAAUGAGGACUCGAUGCAGAAAAGGUGGACAAGCCUGGCACUCAGUCAGAAAGCCCUGAGCCAGAACACGAAGGAGGAAAAAGAGCACAGCGUGGCCGCUCUGGCAGCAGGUAAGAACAGGAUGGAAAGUUCUGAGUCCACUCCAAAGCACGAUGUUUCUGAAGGAUCCGAUUCACUUGACAUAUCCUCAGUGGGACUCUUCGGAAUGGCGUUGGUAGAACCAGAGUCUGGAGAUAUCUGUGAAGGUCCUGUAGCACAGGCGGAAGGGCAGCCCUCAGAUGAUGAAGGGAGUGAACGAGAAAGUGACUUCUUGGAAAAGAAAGCUAAGAAAAAUUCCACUAAAGACAGAAAUGAGGAGUGUAAAGAUGGAGGAGAACCUGCAGACCUUCCCUCUAGUUCUGCUGAGCUCCAGCGAGAAGCAAAGAGACAGAAGCUCUAUCAGUGUGAGGAGUGUGACAGAGUUUGUAACCAGAGCUCACACCUCCUUGGAUACCAGAGAACCCAGACUGGAGAGAAACCCUGUGAGUGUAAUGAGUGUGGGAAGACCUUCCGACAGACAUCUCAGCUAACUGUUCAUCUCAGAACACACGCGGAGGGGAGGCCUUAUGAAUGUAGUGAGUGUGGGAAGACGUACCAGCUCUGUUCCCAUCUUAGUCAGCACCAGAGACUCCACGAUGGGGAGACACCGUCUAAAUGCCAUGAGUGUGCCAAAGCCUUCACUCAGAGUUCCCAGCUCCUGGACCACAGGAGAACCCACACGGGGGAGAAGCCUUACGAAUGUAGUGAAUGUGGGAAAACCUUCUGCUCCAACAGAAAUCUUAUGGACCACCAGAGAACCCACACUGGGGAGAAGCCUUACGAAUGUAGUGAGUGUGGGAAAACCUUCUGCUCCAACAGAAAUCUUAUUGACCAUCAGAGAACCCACACAGGGGAGAAGCCUUACAAAUGUAAUGUGUGUGGCAAGGCCUUUAGUCGGAGUAAGUGUCUUAUUCGACAUCAGAGUCUCCACAGUGGGGAGAAACCGUACAAAUGUAGUGACUGUGGGAAAGCCUUCCACCAGAACUCUCAGCUCAUUGACCACGAACGGAUUCAUACCGGGGAAAAGCCUUUUGAAUGUAGUGAGUGUGGCAAGAAAUUCAGUUUAAGUAAAUGCCUUAUUCGGCACCAGAGACUUCACACUGGAGAAAAGCCCUAUAAGUGCAGCGAGUGUGGGAAAUCUUUCAAUCAGAACUCUCACCUCAUCAUCCACCAGAGGAUCCACACUGGGGAGAAACCUUACGCGUGUAAUGAGUGCGGGAAAGUCUUCAGCUACAGCUCUAGCCUCAUGGUUCACCAGAGAACCCACACUGGGGAGAAGCCCUACAAAUGUAAAGAUUGCGUGAAAGCCUUCAGUGACAGCUCACAGCUGAUUGUGCACCAGAGAGUUCACACUGGUGAGAAGCCUUACGAGUGUAUCGAGUGUGGGAAAGCCUUCAGUCAGCGCUCCACAUUUAACCACCACCAGCGGACACACAGUGUGGAGAAGUCCGCAAGUCUGCUUCGGACAGACAACGCGGAAUUCUGAGUUAACUUUGUUUAUAAUGAGGAUAUUUACCAUACUCUCUUGGAAGCAUUAUUCAAAUGACCAUGGCUUAGUGCUCUUUUCUUUGGGCCACGAAGGUAGGGGAGCAGUAAUAACUAGUGCAGUCUUUUCUCCUCACUGUUGGAAAAGUAAGAGCCACGUAUUCCGUUUAUUCUAGCUUUUUAUUUAUUUAUUUAUUUUGGUUUUUCGAGACAGGGUUUCUCUGUGGCUUUGGAGCCUGGCCUGGAACUAGCUCUUGUAGACCAGGCUGGUCUCGAACUCACAGAGAUCCACCUGCCUCUGCCUCCCGAGUGCUGGGAUUAAAGGCGUGCGCCACCAUCGCCCGGCAGCUUUUUAUUUUUUAAACUGUUUUAAAAUGUACCUCAUUUUUUAGUUUUGCAUUCCAGGAUUUGUGACUUUCAACACAGACAUACUAUCUCUACUUCAUCCUAACUUCUUUGACCGCUGACUGACUCGGAGGCGCACGACCCGACUCUCUUUGCUCCACUCUGUGGCUGUAGCUCUCUCUUCGUUUACUUUGCCCCUCACAUUUUUUUACACAUAUGGGUGUUCUGCCUACAUAUAUGUCUGUGUACCACUCAGUACACAUACAUGUCUGGUGCCUACAGAGGCCAGAAUAGGCCGUCAGACCCCCUGGAACUGGAGUUAGAGAUACUUGUCAGCCAUCAUGUGGAUGGUGGGGAUCAAACCUGAGUCCUUUGGCCGAGCAACCCGUGCUCUUAACCACUGGACCAUUGCUCCAGCCUUCACACCUGUUCUUAAAGUUAGUUCAUUGUGUAGCUUUUUGUCAUUUAAGCUCCCUAGGAAUGUUUUCCUUUACUUGCUAAUUUAGUAUAUGUAUGUGUGAUUGUUAGUUUAUGCAUAUUUAUGUGCGAUUGUACAGUGAGUGCAGUGCUUUUAGAGAACAGGAGGGCGGAGCCUUCAGAACUGGUUGUCAGGCGCUGGGAGCUGAACUUGCGUCCUCUGCAAGAACACUAUAUACUCUUAACCACUGAGCCAUCUCUCCAGCCCCUGAGGUUUGUUUUAAUUUUUUUUCAUGUUUUCCCUCUUAAACCUCUGUUGAUCUGAUCUUAGCCUGCUUUGAGUUAGUUGACGCUAUAUGGUACAACUGUUAAAUUCUCUUGUAUUUAUAUACUUUCGUACCAACAUGAGGGCUCUUUGUGGGUAUAUAUUUUUCAUAUAUAGAUAAUUAUAUUAAUUGAUAAAUAAAUAAUUUUUAAAAUCU